AUGAAAAUUAUAAGCUGGAAUUGUGGGGGAUUGGGGAACUCCUGGGAAGUUCUAGCCUUACUGAGGCUCAAUCGCAUUGAAAACCCCAAUUUGGUGUUUCUUAUGGAGACACGGUUAAAAGGAGAUGAAUUCCAAAACAUUAAAAGAAUGAGUGGUUUUGAAGGCUGUCUAAUGGUGUAUUGCAGGGGUGCUGAAAAAGAAAGAGUAGGCAAUUUGGAUCUCUUGUGGAAAGAAGGUAUUCUGCUUAGUAUCAACUCUUAUUGUCUCAAUCACAUAGGGGGUUCUGUAAAUGAUGAGAGUGACCAACAUGAGUGGUUUUUUAGCGGUAUCUACGGGAAUUCUGAAGAGAAUAACAUAAGGAAAAUAUGGAUAUUACUUCUGUAUUUGGCAAGAAGAGGUGGGGAAAGAUUUGUUUGUUUUAGGGACCUAAAUGAUGUGCUUUGCAAGAGUGAGAAAUUAGAAGGUAAUAGCAGAACUCAGGGCCAGUUCUCUUUGGGGAGGCAUAUUAUGGAACCAUGUGGAUUGAUUGAUCUUGGAUUUGAAGGUGAGAUACGGUGGCAGAACUGA